AUGAGUAAUGCCCCAACACUGCAGGCCGUCCUGGUCGUCCUUUUGAUGCUUGGGUUGGGUGUAGUCGUCAUCAUAUACACCAUAACAAAAACGAGAUGGCGCCUUGGGGCUUCACGGGAGCAGCAACGUUUGCGCUUAGGGUCAACAGCCAACAACCUCUCGGGUGAACUCCUGCGAAACCGUUUAAUACGACAAGCCACUGAGGUGCUGGUAACCAACAAACAUGCGGUUGAAGGCAUUCCACUGGCCUCCACGGUAGGUGUGACGGAAGUAUUGGCGGAUAGGGAAAUGCGUGCCAGACGUGGAAGAUCUCACUCCAUCACUACAGCAGGGGGACAAGGCACCACAACCACAAAUGGAGCAGAGACUUCUCGAUCCAAUAGACAGGUUCCAGAAGCCUCUGCCGGCCCCACUUUUAUAGAACUUCUCACGGGAUUGCACCACCAUCUGCAGCGCUUAAAUCGGUCACAACCAGCAUCAACUGAUUCUCACUGCGCUCUGGUGGAAGAAUUGAUAGAACGGAUCAUGCAAUCAGAAGAGGACGCGGAGCGAAAGGCGGAUAUAAUGAAUGACGCAGACGAAGUGUACGGCAUGGGGUUCGAAUACUCGCUGAACCCGGCAAAUAGUCGCAUCAAGUACGUCGAAAAAACCUGGGAAGAAGAACCCCUCAUUUUCUCUCCACGGUAA